AUGGGCUCGCUUCCACAAGAUCCAUUCGAUGUCUCUCGGGUCCACAUCCUCUUCCAACGCCAUGGCCAAGCGGUGUCAAACAUUGUUGACUAUGAAACCCCGGGCAUCACCGCUGAGAAUAUAACUCUAGACGAGUUAACCAGAUUGGCGACCUGCGAUCCAAACCUCCAUCUUCGCACCGGCGUCUUCCUCCCGGACGGACUGACCAGCUUCGGCCUCGACUCGUCUUACGCCUUUGUCGACGACGUCACCGACGACAACGGCGUCCCCCGGCUGGACAAUGUCUACAUGCUCGUGUCGUCGCCCCUGACACGGGCACACCAGACGUUACAGGCCAACAGUCGGGCCUUUGGCCUCGUGGGGCCUUUCCAUGGCGGAGCCGGAGCGGGUGACGGUGGCAGUACGCUGUCCGAAACCGCAAACAUCUACUGCCAUCCGGGAUUUCGGGAAGCGACCACUUGGCCGCACGACUUUCCGCCCCUGCGCCUUGUGAAUCCGGAAGUGGCGGCGGCAACCGCACCAAGAGACGGCCACAUUACCAACAAGUCCAAGCCGAACCCCGUAUCGACGAAUACGGUCUCAUACAUCCGAGUCGCGGGCGGCAGCGGACGUGGCUGCGGUCGGGUGGUGGGCGAGACGCACGUUGACACCAGCCGGCUGGUCUGGGCAGGCAGCAACCUGAGCAGGAGCGCGCACGAUACACACCAAUGGCAGAAUCAGAGUCAGAGCCAGAGCGAGACGCUUGAAACCCGCAUGGCGGCCGUGACCGCGGAGCCCGAUCUGGCCUCGGUAGAGCGGGCGGUGCGCGAGGCGCGGGUAUGGCUGCGCGGGUGCGCGCGGAGGGUCCUGUUCGAGCACGUGGCGGCCGGCAGGGCGGGUACGCCGCGCAUUGUGGUGUGUCUGCACGGCGGCAUCAUCAAUUUUGUGAUGCAGAGCUGGCACUGCGAUUUCAGGCGGGAUUCGGCCCAGCAGGACUGGCGCUGGCAUAGGUCGGUGGCACUCCGUCCGCUCGACAUCGUAGUGUGCCGGUUUCAACAAGAACAACGACGCGAUGAGGAUGAUGCCGUGGAUGGUGGUGAGGCGCGGCUGGUCGAGCUCGACCCAAACUCGGACGAGGCUGAGGACUAUGCCCGGGUCUUGGGUAGGUACUACCGCCACCUAUCUAGUGAUGGGAACCUUGUGUAUCAGAACCCCGACGGGUCGUGGGUCGACCAGAAGGCUGCGCAUUGCAAGUUCAUUGUCAGCAAGGCGCACGAGGUGCGCGCGGUCGCGGCCGAGCGCAGGGAGGUGCUGGAAAGGCUGGUCAUGUGGACGAGCGCAAAAGAGUUUCUAGCUUCUAUCUGA